UGGGCUCAGAGUAUAAAAGAGAGAGUGAUCCCUUGUUGCUGUACACCAUCAGGAGUCCAGCCUGAAGAAAGACACAGAGGAGAGUGAGCCAGAACCUGUCUACAGCCACAACCAUGAAUCCAGCUGCCAUUGCCUUUCUCACCUGCCUGUUUGUCUUCAGUGCACAAGGGCUACCAGCCAACAGAUCUAAUACGUGCAAGUGUUUAAAUGGUUACCUCAAGCAUAUCACGCCACAGUCCAUCAAGGCGGUACAGGCUGUACACCUCCCAAAUAUCUUCUGUCCACAUACAGAGAUUAUUAUUACAACAACAGCAAAUAAGGACAAAUGUGUGGAUCCAAAGUCUAAACUUGGAAAACUCAUUCUGAAUAACAUGAACAAGCAGAAGAAGAAUGGAGCCGUGAGCACAACGACGGCUUCAAGCUCAACAAGACUCUACACAACAUCCAGGCUGUAAGUCUCUGCACUGAAGAGGAAGUCAAAUACUGCUGUUGUCAUAGAAGGAGUUGUUCAUCACCGUUGGACUCCGUCCAUAUCAUCUACCGAGAGAGAUCCCGCACGUCAUCAUCGGUGUCGUACAUCCCUCCCUCUGCAAACCCAACAUCCUGCUAUAUGCCUCUGGUGAAGAGGAAGCCUGCGACCACUUUACACUUGCCAUUUUUGCACAUUAGAAAGUGGGACUUUAAAUUAAACUAUAUAUAUAUUAUUAAUAUAUGUAUGUCUAUUUCAUAUGGAGUAUGUAACAAAAGUAAUUUCCCCCUGGGAUUAUUAAAGUAUGUCUGAUUCUGAUUCUGAUUACCUUUAUCAUGUAAAUACAAUAAGUGAUCAAAAUGUUGUCGAUGGCCAGUCUUCUGUUUGUGUUCUCUUAACUUAAACUGUCUUCACGUGUACAUAUGGAGUAAAUAAUCUGUAUAUACUUUUUAAUAAAACACCUGAUGGGA